UCCCUGAUGUUUUAAAUCUCUUACUCUCCUCCAAAAGCCCCUUACAAAGCAGCCCCCACAGCACUCCUCUCCAUCAACCCCAAUCCCCUCUCUCUCUCUUUCUCUCUCUCUCUCUUCCCCCACCCAUCUUAGGAGGAGGAUGAGAUGAAGGAGGAUAGACUAGAACUGGAUCUCCUCCUCCUCCUCCUGGUGUUAUUUCUCUCCUCUAUUCUCCCUCUAUCCUCCGCCUUCUCCAGCCAUGGCCUGACCGACGCGGAGGCCGGCUACAUCCGGCGCCGGCAGCUCCUCACGUACAGAGACCAGCUCGGCGGGCGCGGUGAGAACGUGACUGUGGACCCCACCUUCGUCUUCCCCAACCCCCGCCUCCGCAACGCCUACAUUGCCCUCCAGGCCUGGAAGCUCGCUAUCUUCUCCGACCCACUCAACCUCACCGCCAACUGGGUCGGCCCAGAUGUCUGCAACUACACCUCCGUCUACUGCGCCCCGCUCCCUUCCGACCCCCACCUUACCGUCGUCGCAGGCAUCGACCUCAACCACGGCGACAUCGCCGGUUACCUCCCCGACGAGCUCGGCCUCCUUUCCGACCUCGCCCUCCUCCACAUCAACUCCAACCGCUUCUGCGGCAUCGUCCCCCGGACCUUCGGCCACCUCCGCCUCCUCUUCGAGCUCGACCUCAGCAACAACCGCUUAGCCGGAAAAUUCCCCGAGAUCGUCCUCCAACUCCCUUCUCUCAGAUACCUCGACCUCCGCUACAACGAGUUCGAGGGCGGCGUCCCUAAGGCUCUCUUCGACAAGGAUCUCGACGCCAUUUUCAUCAACAACAACCGCUUCGUCUUCGACAUACCGGAGAACCUGGGCAACUCGCCGGUCUCCGUCGUGGUCUUUGCCAAUAACCGGUUCCGUGGCUGCCUCCCGCGGAGCAUCGGCAACAUGUCGAAAACGUUGAACGAGAUCAUUUUCCUGAACAAUGGGCUCACAGCUUGCCUGCCCCCGGAGAUCGGCCUGCUCAAAAGCCUCACUGUUUUUGACGUCAGUUUCAACCAGCUCGUCGGGCCGCUGCCCACCUCCAUUGCCGGGAUGCUGAGUUUGGAGCAGCUGGAUGUGGCUCAUAAUCUUCUCUCCGGUCAGAUCCCGGCGCAGAUCUGCCUGCUUCCCCGCCUCCAGAACUUUACCUACUCGUAUAACUUCUUCACUGGAGAGCCGCCGCAGUGCCUCAGGGUGCCAUCGUUCGACGAACUUCAGAACUGCCUGCCUGGCCGCCCGGCACAACGAUCGGACAGCCAGUGUAAGUCCUUCUUGUCCCAACCCAUCGACUGCGCCGCCUUCCGCUGCGCCCCCUUCAUCCCCUCCCUCCCUCCGCCGCCGCCGCCAUCCCCUCCUCCACCUCCGCCGGUGUUCUCACCGCCAAAUCCGGUCCUUCUUCAUUCUCCUCCCCCGGUUCUCUCGCCGCCGCCUCCUCCGCCAUCUCCUCCNNNNCCCAUCUACUGCGUCCACCCCCCACCGCCGCCUCCGCCAAACUCUCCUCCACCUCCGUCGCCUCCUCCCUCGCACUUCUAUCCUCCACCACCUUAUGCUUCUCCACCUCCACCACAUUACUCGCCGCCGCCGCCACCUAACUCACCACCGCCACCACCCAACUCGCCGCCGCCUCCACUGUAUUUGCCGCCGCCGCCACCACCAAACUCCCCACCACCGCCGCCUCCAUGCAUGGAGCUGCCUCCGCCGCCACCAUCACCGCUAGCUUCUCCUUCACCAGCACUAGUUCCUUACGAACCCCCACUAUCUCCUUCUCCUCCACUGCCUUCACCACCACUUCACUAUGAGCCGCUGCCUUCGCCAUCACCACUACCCCCGCUUCAUUAUGAAGCACCCCCUCCCCCUUCUCCAUCCCCUCCGCCACCUCCAAAGCCUUGGGAGUUCUUGCCGCCAUCUUCUCCGCCACCACCCUCUCUGUAUGAGGGCCCAUUGCCGCCAGUUGUUGGAAUCUCAUAUGCAUCUCCCCCUCCUCCUCCUUUCUACUAUUGAUUCUUUUUGAUAAUUUUAUUUCUCGCCCUCCUCCUGCCGCUGGUUUUUGUUGAUCUUCCUUUCUAUUGCCGAUCGCCAUCGGAGAAAGAAGACAAGAAGGCAGGGAGUGCUUUAUCUGGCUUUUGUAUUCAAAGCAGCUUGCGUCGAGGUGAUGAAGAGAUGGUUGAAGACAUGGAGAGAGAAAUGGCAACGAUGGGGAAAAUUUUCUCUCCAUAUUUAUUUGGAUUACUACGGAUAUUUGAGUUGUGAAUAAAUGGCUAUGAAGAGACGGAAUCAGAGAGUGAGAGUUGUAUAGAGAGCAUGAGAUUCAAGUAGAUCAAUUGUGGUAUCAUCUCCUCCUAUUAUACUCUGUUCUUUUUAUUUUGAUUUCAUAAUAUGAUUAUUUAUGGAUUCUUAGAUCCUGGUGUGUUAAUUAAUUGCCUUCCACUUGAUCGCUUGUAAGU